AGUUUUUGAAAAAUGUCCCGCUUCGCUUUUGCUGAAGGACCCGCUCAAUACCGACCGUUUCAGUUGCAAAAGCGACUGUUUCGCGUUCUAGGUUACUACCCGGGUGAUGAACGGUUGGUCCAUUGGGGCAUGCUUUUGGUGUUGUUCUUUCACUACUGGUCCCAAGUGAUGCUCAUCUACUGGGAGGGAAAGCACGCGUGGAUCAAAAUCGGCGAAGGGGAUCUUCAACCGGCACUGGAAGGAAUCUGCCCAACGCCUUCGCGAUUCGGGGGAAUCCUCAAGUGUUGCAUCCUGAUCUGGAAACGCAAACAGUUGAAACAGCUUUUGGACACUUUGAAAGGAUGGUUUGACCGUGAGGAACCGCGUGAGAAGAAAAUAAACCAAUGGGCGACUUACUGGGGAUAUCAGUUCACUUACUGGGAGCUAAUGUUCACCCAUUUGACUUGUGUGUUCUACUGUUUGCUCCCGGUAGCAGCGAUGCUGUUUCACUUCGUGAAACAACCAGAUGAACCAAGAAUUUACAUUCUACCAUUCAAAUUAGCGCUCCCUUUCGACUACUGCAAAUCGCCCGUCUUUGAGAUCACCUACAUCAUCAUGUGCUACAUAGCCUAUCCUCCCAUCUUCAUGAUGGCCGGCGGUGACGGUUUGUUCAUCGGAGUUUGUCUACUGAUUUCGAGCCAGUAUCGUAUCGUGCAGCGGGAGCUGGAAGCUCUGGGUCAAUCCACUGACAUCGAUUAUCAUGGAGAGGUCACCGCCGAGGAGAACGACCAUAUUUUCGAGCAACUGAAAUUGAUUGCCUAGCGGCACAACCGGACGAUUGAUACCACCGAGGAAAUGUCGCGUCUAUUUUUGCAGAAUGUGUUUGCUAGCUUUACCAUUGCAGCAAUCAAGAUUGGCAUAGCCUGCAUUACGGUGAUGAAGGCAGAAGGACUCAAUAAACUCAUCUUUGUGUGGUACUCGCUGGGCAUCCUGACGGAGAUAUACCUCUACUCGUACGGUGGAACGCAGCUGAUGGAAGAGAGUGAGAAACUAAGCCGGACCGCGUACGAUUUUCCCUGGUAUCGCUACCGAAAGAACGUUCGACAGAUCAUCCAGAUGAUGAUGCUCCGUGCACAAAAGCCAUCCCGCGUCGACGUGCCUUUCUUUGAAGCUUCGGUUGUUACGUUUUCAACGAUUCUUCGCACCGCUGGAUCUUACGUAGCCUUGAUGCAAACCUUUUUGUAAAUGUUGAUUGACCGAUGAUAUUUAGUUGAAUAUGCUACAUUUCUAAUUGUUAAGAUUACAUAUUACCGCUUUUUUAGGAUAGCAUGCACAAGAGCCAAUGUUUAGUUCCAUAAAAUAAAGUUAAUUCGCAACAUCCAA